UGCUGAUGACUUGACUUCUAAACUUUUUGAUGUGUUUAUAGCAAGCAGCGACAUAAUUUGGUUCAUAUUGAGCUGUCCGCUGGGCACGGUGACGCUUAGUGUAGGCGGCGAGUGUGGUGUUGACGUGCUUUGGGUAAUAAUACAGUUGAGCAGGUCUGAGGAGGCUGGGGAAGUGAAUCGUUUCGCCAGCUGGUAAAUACCCCAUCCAGCGAGUCCCACACCUAUAAUCGCUCCUACCGUCAUCGCCGCGGGAGCUAGAAUAUGAGAUAGUUUGAAUGAUGAUUCGUCUUCCCAGGGACCGUAGGUGUUUAAAUUAUUGGAGAAUUGUGUGCGUUCAGUCCUCCAAUAGAACCACGGGUGUACUCGCUCUAUGACUUCGUCGACGGCAUCGUUGUAACGGUUGAUGGCUUGCACCGCGUUUUACGUCCAUCGUGGCUCAGUUGUCAGUUUGGUCUGGAUGUGCAUUUCGACCGCGUCCCGGAUUAUGCGACCACGUCGCGUGAGGUCCCGCAAGCCCUGUCUGUCCAUUUCUUGCGUGAGCAGUACGGCUCAUUGGGCUCGAUAUCUAUCUGUUAUCUUCUGCCCGUACAUGCGGAUGUUCAGGAAUUCCACGGCCGUUUCGCUGUCAAAUGGCCGCAGUGUGUCAGCAAGCUCUUGUGCUGCUCGUAAGCCAUGGAUGGCCUCUUCGAGUUGCUGAUGACUUGACUUCUAAACUUUUUGAUGUGUUUAUAGCAAGCAGCGACAUAAUUUGGUUCAUAUUGAGCUGUCCGCUGGGCACGGUGACGCUUAGUGUAGGCGGCGAGUGUGGUGUUGACGUGCUUUGGGUAAUAAUACAGUUGAGCAGGUCUGAGGAGGCUGGGGAAGUGAAUCGUUUCGCCAGCUGGUAAAUACCCCAUCCAGCGAGUCCCACACCUAUAAUCGCUCCUACCUUCAUCGCCGCGGGAGCUAGAAUAUGAGAUAGUUUGAAUGAUGAUUCGUCUUCCCAGGGACCGUAGGUGUUUAAAUUAUUGGAGAAUUGUGUGCGUUCAGUCCGCCAAUAGAACCACGGGUGUACUCGCUCUAUGACUCCGUCGACGGCGUAGUUGUAACGGUUGAUGGCUUGCACCGCGUUUUACGUCCAUCGUGGCUCGGUUGUCAGUUUGGUCUGCCUGAACCAGCCUCCGUAUCCGUUGGUCCUAAAGUAUCUGUCGAGUGAGUCUAGUCUAUCGCGCUGUCGAGUGAGUCUAGUCUAUCGCGCUGUCGUUUUCGUUCACUAGGAUCUUGUAUGAGUUAGUAUUCUUUGUAGAAGCUGUGCGCGAUGUCGAAAACAGUCAGGAUGGCGACCGUCCGUGUGUAUGUAUUAACCAAGGUAAUAUUUUUACAGUACUUACAAAAAAAUAUGUACCUGCACUUUCUAAAGCAAUUUCUAGUCAACCAACUUGUUCUGGGAUCAUACUACUUUCUUCUGUUGCUGUUGUUUCACAUUCUUCAAGAGUCAUCAUUCGCUGUUUCUUACGCAAAUAUGGUCGUGCUAUUUGGUUGGAUAUUAUUAUUUUUCUGUCUGGUUGACAUGCAAAAUAUUUGGGUAUACAACCUGGGUUGAAUAUUACCAUUUCGUAUCGUCUCGGAAACACCGCACAAGGAAGUUCAUUCCACAGCUUUGUUAAACGUGGAAGUAAGCUCUUUGAAAACCGCACUGUCAAGGACCGCCACACAUCCAGAUAGUGGGGAUGAUAUCUUAACUUAUGGCGUGUCGUGCGAAGGUGAAAUUCGGCGGAAGGAAUCAGGUUAAACGGUUCAUAGGAUAAAUCCCCGUGAUAAAUGCAGUUGAGGACACACAAUGAAGCGAUGUCUCUACGCAACGCCACGUGAUCCAGUCGUUCACAGAGCACUGGGUCUCGGACAAUUCGAGCUGCUCUGCGUUGCACGCGGUCAAAUAGAUCUAGCUGAUGAUGGGGUGCGCCAAACCGCAGGUGACAGCAAUACUCCAUAUGUGGCUAGACCUGCGCUUUGUACAGCGCUAGAAUGUGGGCCGGCUUGAAGUAUUGCCGUGCUCUAUUUAUGACACCCACUUUCUUUGAAGCCAAUUUGGCUUUGCUCUCCAGAUGGCCGCGGAAUUGGCAAUUGCUCGAGAUUUCGAGACCCAGAAUUCGGAUACUAGGCGAGGCUGUAAGGGAAGUGUUGUCGAAGAGCGUUGAUACAAAAAAUGAUUUUUUUUUGAAGUUCUGGGGGUUAAAUUGGGCAAGGUCCAUGUCGCCCGUGCUGUCGUCUGCAAAACAAUGUGGGAGAUAGCACACAGCCUCGGGGCACUCAAGCGUUCACGGGGUUGGGAUUCGAGCAAUAACCGUCGAUAGCGACCUGUGUGUUGCGCCCAGUGAGGAAGCUGGAGGUCCACUUGCAUAAGCUCUGGGUAAGCCCAAAUGACUAUCGCUCAUUAAUCAACUGGUAACCCUCUAAGUAUACCAAGAACUGGCGGUUAAUUAUGCUCUCCAUGACUUCGGAGAACCGGGAUGUAAUAGCUAUAGGACUGUAGUUUGCCGUAUCCGAACUGUCUCCUUUUUUUUUUGGAUCAAACGGACAAGGGCUGUCUUCCAUGAGUCAGGGACUACGCCUUUUGUAUAUGAGUGCCAGAAUAAACGCCUUAGCACCGGCGCACAUACAUAAUUUUAAUGAUUAAUUAAUUAAAAUUAUUGGGGUUAUUUUAGUUCUAAGUUCAAUUAAAAUAAAGAAAACGUUUUUAUAAAAACAUACAUAUAUUUGUCAGGUUAUAAAGUACAGGAAUAUAUAACAGAGCUAUAGUCACAAAAAUAUGCAAAUGAAUGGAAACAGAAUUUAACAAGAUUUCCUUAAAUAUAAAAUUACGUUAAAAAUCGGUAUCUUCAGGACCAGAUGUCUCUACUGACAGUGUGUUUGGGUCAGCAGGUAAUAAAAGUUUAACCGUUUCAAGAAGAAAAGCGUUACGUGAAGGUUUUCUUAUUUGUCUCAAACUAAUGAAGGGAUCUGAACGUAACAAGAGCCUAUAAUAUACAUCUAAGUUACAUUCUUCCCUAGAAAACUCUCUGGCAAAGUUUAGCCGAUACGUUCGGAAUUGCUUGUUUCGGGUUUCUGCAGCUUCUUCCGAUAGCUGUCCAAUUGGAAGCAGCGAACUUUUUAUGAUUUGGAUUCUAUGUCCACCACUAUCUUGUGCAUAGUAGGCGUCAUUGGGUGGCAACCAUACUGUUCUACGUACAAUUUUGCUGUGUCGUACGCAUACUUAUCAUAUUUUUCAGCAUCAAUUUUAUGGCCACUAGAAAUAGUAUCUAAAAUAACCUUGAAUCUGUAAAUCAGUUCUAAGUUAAUACCUGUGACGUCUGAAGCCAAUUCGGGGUUUUCAAAAAACCUCCGGCUUGUGUUCAAUACCUUUGAAGGCUUUGGUAUCUCAAUUUCCAGACAGAUAGAUAUAUUUUUUAUAGUAUAGUAGGACAAACGAGCGUACGGGUCACCUGGUGUUAAGUGAUCAACGCCACCCUCAUUCUCUUGCAACACCAGAGGAAUCACAAGAGCGUUGCCGGCCUUUAAGGAAGGUGUUCGCGCUUUUUUUGAAGGUACCCAUGUCGUAUCUUCCCGCACAAGGAAGUUCAUUCCACAGCUUUGUUGAACGUGGAAGUAAGCUCUUUGAAAACCGCACUGUCGAGGACCGCCACACAUCCAUGAUAUCCUAACUUAUGGCGUGUCGUGCGAAGGUGAAAUUCGGCGGCAGGAAUCAGGUGAAACGGUUCAUUGUUCAUAUAAUGAAGCGAUGUCUCUACGCAACGCCAAGUGAUCCAGUCGUUCACAGAGCACUGGGACCCCGAUAAUUCGAGCAGCUUUGCACGCGGUCAAAUAGAUCUAGCUGAUAAUGGCGUGCGCCAAACCGCAGAUGACAGCAAUACUCCAUAUGUGGCCGGACAUGCAUUUUGUAUAGCGCAGCGAAGUAUUGCCGUGCUCUAUUUAUGACGCCCAGUUUCUUCGAAGCCAAUUUGGCUUUGCUAUCCAGGUUUGCUCGCCACGGAAUUGGCAAUCGCUGGAGAUUAUCGUUACUUUGCUUAAAUUUGGAUUUCUGAGAACAGUCACAACCACAUUUACAGACUAUCAUAAACGAUUUCCUUUCUUGCUCCUUUUGCCGAAUUAUCACAUCUUCUAGGUUUUUUGAUAAUCGUUUUACGAUUAGAUCCAUUAGGCAUUGUAGAUUAAUUUCCGCGCAAAUGGCCGUAACUCUUAGGGAUUCUUUCGGCGGAUAGCACUCUAGUUUUGGUUUCAAAACAAGAUCAUAGCAAGGGAAAUGUUGUGGAUUUGUUGCCCUUACUUACUAUCUCAUACUGUCGUCUCGUAAGAUCAGCUUCAUCGGACAUCUUAAGUGCUUGCAGAGGCGUCAAUUGAGGUACUUCAUCGCUGUCGGUAACUCUACUAUAGGCUUUUCUAUAUGUACUAGCCCGUGUUGGUGAGUUCGUAAUAUCUUUAAGCACUUUCGAGGCCGUCCUAUAUCCCGUUGUCUGCAACACAGAUAUGGCAGCGUGAACAAUAACUUCACCUACGGAGGCCCUUAUUUCUUCCGUUUUCUUCUUUUACUAUGCUCACUUAGUUCUCCAACAGUCUUGGGUGGUCGACCUUGCUAGAAGGCUGAUUCAAUGGGAAUCUCGAAUGUACCCUCUAACCAUGAUUUUCAGGUUUAUUUUCAGGAACCACUGUGUAAGUCUACACUUCCACGUCCUCCAUGAUUGUGAAUUGUGGUCAAAGUUUGGUAAGGUUACUAAAUUUGAACACAUCCUCGUCGCCAAUAUUCAGUACUAGGACGGACACAACUAAAACGCAAGGUCGUCUGUAGCACACUGUUUAAUCAUUAAUAUUUUAUGUCGUUUGUUACUUGUUAGUUUACACGUGUGUACACAUACACAAAAGAUACCAAGUUCCCUGGCAACAACUGUUGUAUCUUCAGAUUUAAAUUGUCAACGUCUACAUUUUUUGCCGCUAAAAUAGCUGUUUCUGCAAGCCACUCAUGAUUUAUGUACUGUUUGUGUACAUCGGGAAAUAUUUGUUCAAUGAGAAUAUCUUGCUUGUUGCUUUGAGAAUGUUUCAGCGGAUGGAUCUUGAAGCAUUUGAACGCGCAUAUUUACUUUCAGCUGUACCUUUUCAACAUUACGCCACAAUGGAGAUGAUUUUAAGCAAUCGUUGAUCUCAUCAGCAUAUGUUGAACGGGUAUAACGGGAAAGGUUUGUCUGAAAUAACCUGAAAGGACCAACAGAGUGCCGCCAAAUAGACUGUUGGUUUUUUUAAUAUCUUUCAAUGUCCAGUUCAAGGCCUCAACUGAAUGUUUGUGUGCCAUAGUACAUUCAUCCCAGAUGAUAAUUUUACGCUGUUUCAGCACGGUGGCCAUGGACGAUUGUUUCUAAUGUCUUCCUCAAUUUCUGUUUCAUUAAAUACUUUAAUGUGAAUAUUCUUUUGGGCCUCGGCAUAUAAAAUUUGACUGAAAGAUCUGUCGCCUAAACGUUGACACUCUGUAGCCUGUAUAGCAUAGUGUAGUUUAGGGGCUGGUAUGUGCGGAUCUUGUUGCUUUGUUUUUGGAGUUCAAUCAAAAUCCUAAUCAACAGAGGAAGCUGGAGGCUGGCAGGGCUUUGCUGACAUGGUUGUAGGCAGUGCAGGGGGUAUGAUCUCCUCCUGGUCGGAUACAUCGGAGAAAAUAUAUUUUUCUUCGUAGCUUUCUGGCGGUUGAAAGUUUUUUUUAUGAAUUGCUCCAUUAUUGAUUAAAACUUGAGAUGACUCUGCUCUAGGCGAGUUAACAUUUUGGAGGUUCCUAAUAAAGCUUAAGUAGAUGGAAUAGAUAUGUCAUCUUCCGAUUGUUGAGCCCCAGCCAGUUCCUUAUUUGCGUCUUCCCGGCUUUUGAGAAGAGGUUUCAUAUCUGUCAUUGCCGCAAUCAUGAGUUCAUUUUGUACAGCCGAACCCUUGUGGCCAGGGACAUGGGGUGAAUAAUAAGGCCUAUACAGUGGUCAGUUUAAUAGUUUUAGCUUUAUGUCACUGUAUGUUUUUUAUCCUAAAAUGCACUUGCUAAUCCGGUAGGGAUAGCAAAACGAAUUUCGUUGGCACAAGUUCUAAACAAAAUUGGAUCAAAUUUGAUGUCGAACGAAAACUCGUCGCGUUAUUAAGUAUGCUGCGUUAAAGCAAUGCACACACGUGCAUUGCGGGUCAAUAAAUUAACAGCGCUUAGACUAAAAUAAAAAAAGACUGAAUAUAUUGCUGGUAUUUUAACUUCCAAUGGAUAUUUAAGGAAAGGUUUUUGGACGCUUAAAUUCGACUUACGCAUUUUAUAAAAUACAAUUUUUAUCGCAUCGUAAGCAGGUGUUUUUGUAACUCAAACAGGCACAAAAGCACUUUGAUAGCCUCCAGUCCAGUGGUAUAGAGGUCAGUGCUGUUAGAAGAAUUUUUUCCUUGCCUAUCAAAAACUUUGUAAGUACCAUGAUAUUAUGGUGGUUGUAUUAAUUUACGAACCGCAUCAUUCCUAAUGAAAUGGCAGCCUUUCAAAUCUUUGUUCAGCAAUAUUUUCCUUGAAUCUAUUGUCUAUUCGACAUAGAAAGCUGCUUUACUCACAGCCAACAUUAUAUGUUUGCAGACGACAAAAAUUUCUUUCUUAGAAUACGUGACUAAUUUUAUUUGAUUUCAUUAUUUCUGUAACAGAAUAAAUAUGACGCCAUGACAUCGCCGAUCGCCUAAGGGCGCGUUCCAACUAUGUCGUAACGACUAAUUUAUCGUUCGACGACUGUCGUCUCUACCUGUUCCCAUUAUAACGAUUGUUUGUCGUCAACAUUUUUUAUCGUUUAGCGACUGUCGUAUCUAGCUGUUCCCAUUGGAUCGCUCAGAUCGCUCGCAUCAUCAGCAAGCUACAAAUCUAGUCGCCUCUGCGUUCGCUUGGUGAUUACUAGUGCGUUUACUCUCCUGAGUUCAAUGGACGAAGAUGAAAUUUUAAUAAUGUUUUUCUUUUUGAAAAGAAGGAAAAUGAAGCGAGCAAUGAAAAGAAAGUACUGGGUACAUCCAAUGUUAAUGAAAAGAAUUCCAUUAGGAUUAUGUCAGAGUUAUAUAGAAGAAUUAAAAAGUGAUGAUGGAAAGUUUUAUGAGUAUUUAAGAAUGACUGUCACCACCUUUGAUAGCCUACUGGUACGACUUGCAGACAAUCUUAGAAGAGAAAACACACAUUUCAGAAAUUGUAUAAGUGCCGAAGAAAGACUAGUGAUAACUUUAAGAUAUUUGGCGUCGGGAUGUUCGUUUAAACAACUGCAUUAUAAUUUUAGAGUGGGAAUGUCAACCAUCAGCAAAAUAAUCAAAGAAACGUGUUCUGUUAUUUGGAGCGUAUUAAGUGCAGAAUAUUUAAAGUUGCCCAAUACCGAAGAAGAAUGGAGAGCGAUCGCUGAAGCUUUUAAAACGAAAGCAAAUUUUCCUCAUUGCCUCGGUGCGCUGGACGGCAAGCACAUAAGGAUUACAAAGCCAAUAAAUAGUGGUUCUAUGUUUUUUAACUAUAAGGAUUAUUUUUCUUUUAUUUUAUUUGCAAUUGUUGAUUCAGAAUACCGUUUCAUUUACGUUAGUAUUGGUUCAUACGGAAAAGAGUGUGAUUCAUCUAUCCUAAAACAAUCCAAUUUUUGGAAGAAACUAAAUGAUGGUACUUUAAAUAUACCAAGACCCACGCCAUUACACGAAAAUAUGCAAGAAGAAAUACCAUAUGUAUUUGUUGGAGACGAAGCCUUUACAUUGUCACAAAAUUUAUUGCGACCUUAUGGCGGUACUCAUUUAGACAAUAAGAAAAAGAUAUUUAAUUACCGUCUAAGCCGCGCGAGAAGAUAUGUUGAAUGCACUUUUGGUAUCUUAUCCAAUAAAUGGAGGAUCUUGCAUAGACCAUUGGAUGUAUGUGCAGAAACAGCUAUUGAAGUUGUAAAGGCUUGUACGGUAUUACAUAAUUUUUUAAUAAAAAAAGACGCUAUAUACUUGGAGAAUACCCCAACCGUUAUGCCCCUGGUAAACAUGCCUGCAACACAGCUGCGUCCAAACGAAGGUGGUGGAAACGCAGUGCGCUUACAAUUUUCCGACUAUUUUGUAUCUGAAAUAGGCUCCGUACCUUGGCAAAACAUUACAGCACACGUAUCAUAAUAAAUAAAAAGUUUCAGAAACUUA